AUGGGAGACUACUAUCAUCAUUUUCUCUCUUCCAUGUCGGGGGCUGGGAUGAAUCCGGUUACCUCCCCCGAAGAGAUGCUCGACCCCCGACUCCAUGGUCCCCCGAUUUCCAUUGCCUCCGCUCCGAUGCCUGGUCCGUAUCAGCAGCUCGGGUAUUUCACCGGUUUCCCGGACCCAAUGAUGUUUAACCCGAACAAGUCCCAGAAAGGUCGCCGGAAGUCUGCGGCUGGAACUCCUGCUGCAGUGGACCAUGUUAAGCAUCGUAGGACGCGUUCCGGAUGCUUCAUGUGCCGGAGCCGGAGAGUCAAGGUACGCAACACUUCGCAACUAACAUCGAGACUUGCGCAUCUAACUUGCUCAGUUGCAAAAAAGGGAGUCGAGAAUGUGUCUAUCCCGACCCUCCAUCCUCAAAGAGCUCAGGGGGGUCUGCAAACGAGCCCCUCCUCCUCAAAUGCAGAAGACGACGAUGAUGCAGAUCGAGAGAGCAAGCUUGAGACGAUCCUUGAUGAGGAAGAAACCGAAGACCAGACGUCAAAGUCUUCGGCACGCUCCGCACCCUCCAAGAGCUCGUCACCAUCAAGUGCGACUGCAACACCAAGCAGUCUCGCAGCGGCAUAUCCCUCUGUCGAAUUCCCCGUGAACCUAGGACCAGCCGACUGGUCGCAUUUACCACCCGAAUAUCAGCAAUGUCUUGCCUUCUUUGUCGAAAACAUCACCAGCUUCAACUACUGUAUCCCUACCGACUCGGAUGACUUCUUCAAGACUAUCCUUCCCAGCGUGGCUACUCGUCAUGAACCACUUCUUAACGCUGUUGUCGGUUUCUCUGCGUAUCAUCUCACACUUGACAACCCCCAAGGAAAACUACAAGAUUUCUUGCAGUACUACAACAAGAGCGUAACGCUUUUACUGGGUCUACUCAAGAGGAAGGAGAAACCGAACGUGGCCACCUUGUUGACAAUCUUGCAGCUUGCUACGAUAGAAGAGUACUUUGGCGAUUGGGUGAACCUCAUGGGACACCAAAAAGCGGCACUCGAGAUACUGACUAGCAUAUUCACCCCCCAGACCGUGAUGCAGACCGCCAUGGGCCGCAUGUGCCUUAGCUGGUACGCUCGAUUCGACAACUUUGUGGCUCUCAUGGGAGGCUUUCCGACCGACCUGCCUCGAGAAUGGUUCCAGGCCAUGGUGGACUUCUAUCAAUCCGAAAAAGCUGCCCAUCCAGCAGAGUUGCGAUGGGUAAUCGAAGAAUGGUCUUCUCGGCUCCGUCUGAUCUCAUACGACAUGUCCAUCUUGUUCGCCAGAGGCAGUAGGGGCCAGAUCUCUCCCGAAGACUUCAUAAAAGAGCACGAGGCUAUCGAUAAACGACUGGUUGAGUGGAAGGAAAAACGCGGCCCUGCCCUCCUGGAUCAGAGAUAUCUCAUCACGGAAUUCCCGCCCCCAGAAUCGAUUCCCGCGGACGAUAUUGUCGACCCAUACACCGUCGGUAUCCUCUACGACUUUCCGUUGUUUCACGCCACCGUUCUUUGUGCGGAGUGGAAUAGUAUCAUGAUUAUGCACAAAUGCCAGUCAUCUGGUACGAGGCCGGACAUCUUGUUCGCGGAUCUGAACCGGCAUGCGUACAGAACUUGCCAAUAUUUCGAGACUUUGGAGUUCUGGCCAUCGACUCCCAAGGGCGUGUUGGUCUUGAUACAAGCUUGCAUUGCAAUUGCGGCAUUGUUCUUACCUCAGGACGAACGGCAUCACAUGUGGUUCCGUCGGAAGUUUGCUUUACUGGAGACUAUGGGAUACAUCCAUCCCAUCACAAUUCGAAGCAAGAUGGCCCUGCUCUUCCGAGAGCCAUCGUGUGUGCAGUGGUGGUUACCGAACAAUGAAGGGUUCAGCCCUGUAUUACAGAGCAUUCGAAACUUCGCCGACGAGCGGAACGCCGCUGCCGUAACAGCUCAGCAGGAGAAUCUUCGAGAGGUCAGGCACAUUUUCGCCAAGAUGUCAUUAAUGGACGAGGCAAACAAAUCAUUACCCGCUGGCGAGGGGCCCGGGUCAUAG